CCUCAUAUAAUCAAUUAAAAUCAAGGUUAUUUGGUCAAUCAACUGGAGUAAAUAGAUAAAUGGUUUAAAAUAUUAUAGUUAAUUGAUUAACGAACUUAGUUUUAAUUAAUUUUUUACAUAUAUAAUAUUUACAUAGUAAUUUAUAAUAUUGUGGUUCUAUGAAUCGAUUUUGAUUAUAAGCAUAAAAUUCUACAAAUUUACUACGAAGAGUAGGAGUUUCUACUGAUUAUUGAGAAGCCAAAUAUAAUUCAUUUAAGAAAUAAGUAAAUUAAAAAUUCUACAUUUGAGUUACUAUUGACGGGCUGCUGUCGCAAAGUAAAAAGAUAAAACAAAUGUCGCUGCAUUUGUUUUCUUCUCUGAUUAAUUAUUAACUAAAUCAAUGCAGGAGUCCAACUUUGUUUCUGUAGGCCGGUAAAGACGGCAUACAACAUAUAACGCUAUGCGUAAUUAAACUGAUAGACAACUUGAGGAAUAUAGUCCGGCCAUUCGUGCUUCUCUUCUGAAACUCAAAUGCAUACAUACACAUAUAUGUGUGUGUAUAUAUGAAUAGUUAUAAAUUACACUCUCACUUCACACAUUAAACAGCUCGUCUCGAACAUAUAAAAGGGUAAGUAUAAUUAAGCGAGAGGAGUGCAGAUGGCGACGACGGAUCAAGCGACGGCGGAGAUGAAAGAAGAGAAGACAUGGGCCGUAACAUGGGGUACAUUCCAGAGUGAGGUGAAGAAGGAAGGUUUUAUAGCUGCUCCAAUGGCGGCAGUCUCAGUGCUGCAGUAUCUGCUGCAACUGGUGUCCAUGAUAAUGGCUGGACAUCUUGAUCAGCUCGCACUCUCCGGUGUUGCGAUUGCCAUCUCUCUCACCAAUGUCACUGGUUUUAGCCUUCUUUCAGGAAUGGCAGGUGGACUGGAAACACUAUGUGGGCAAGCAUUUGGAGCAGGACAAUAUCAAAAACUUGGAACUUACACUUGCACUGCAAUGAUCUCUCUUCUCUUGGUUUGUCCCCCAAUAUGUGUCCUCUGGAUUUUCUUUGACAAAUUAUUACCCUUAGUAGGCCAAAACCCCCAAAUAUCACAUGAAGCACAAAUAUACUCAGUUUGGCUAAUUCCUGCACUUUUUGGCGGUGCAAUUCUUAAGCCUUUAACUCGAUAUUUCCAGUCUCAGAGUUCAAUUUUUCCAAUGAUUUUAUCCUCCUUUGUCAUUCUUCUUUUCCAUAUUCUUACCUCAUGGGCCUUUAUAUAUAAGCUGGAACUAGGAGUUAAGGGUUCGGCCAUAUCCUUUAGUUUGUCAACUUGGUUGUAUGUGGUACUGCUGUGGUUGUAUGCAAUGUUUUCUUCAUCCUUCGAGGAAACCCGUCUUGCAUUUUCUAUGGAGUCUUUGGUCCAUAUUGGACAGUUCUUUCGCUUAGCCAUCCCCUCCGCUGUAAUGAUUUGUCUUAAAUGGUGGUCAUGUGAGCUGAUUAUUUUGCUGUCCGGCCUUCUACCAAAUCCAAAGCUGGAGACUUCGGUGCUUUCAAUAUGCCUUACAAUCUCUACAUUGCACUUCACUAUAUCGUAUGGAUUUGGAGCUGCUGCAAGUAUUCGGGUGUCGAAUGAAUUAGGAGCUGGCAAUCCACAAGCAGCUCGAGUGGCUGUAUGGGCUGCAAUGUUUCUAUCAAUCACUGAGGCAGUUAUUGUGAGCACAACUCUCUUCUGCUGCCGCUACGUUUUGGGGCAUGUUUUUAGCAGUGAGAAGCCAGUCGUGGAUUAUGUUGAAGUCAUGGCACCUCUGAUUUGUAUCUCAGUGUUCAUGGAUAGCUUACAAGCUGUUCUUUCAGGUAUUGCUAGAGGAAGUGGAUGGCAACAUAUAGGGGCAUAUGUGAAUCUCGGGGCGUUUUAUCUGUUUGGACUUCCUUUGGGUUGUGCACUAGGAUUUGCUCUAGGCUUACGGGGGAAGGGCCUUUGGAUUGGAAUAGUGGCCGGGUCUGCUGUACAAUCUGCUCUUCUUGCUCUUGUCACUUGUUUCACCAAUUGGACAAAACAGGCAAAGAGGGCAAGGGAGAGGGUAUUCGUGGAGCAAUUAUCAGAAGACAGUGAAGCAAAUUGAAUGAGAUAAAAGAAAAAAGAAGGUCGGAGAUGAUUCUGCUCAAAAUUCAAAAUUCAUCAUCAGAAGGAAUCGUACGUGUUUAAGUACAAAGUAGUAGCAAGCGAGAAAAAUGACAGGUUAACUUAACGCAUAGAUUUGGCACCAAGUCGGUUGACUGCAAUGAAAAUUUGUUCAUCAAGAUAAACGUAUAGGAAUAGGAGUUCAAGAGACCUGAAGAACUCAAGUGAUCUGCCUCGCCUCUUGAAUCCGAUCGGCGCGCAAAACCCGGCUGUUAUAAAUGUAAAUUGAUCCUUAAAUAUGGCUUGCUGGUGAAGAAAGUCUUUGAUCAUGUUCCAGUUUGCUGUGGGCAAAGCUGCUUGUAUAGGUUAAAAUCGAUCUAGAAGCUGAAACGAAUGUGAAUAAUUUUUUGAUCUUUUGGCCAUUGAAUAAUAGUGAAUUUUAAUUGUGAG